AUGGGAAUGCCGGCUUGUGUUCAACAUCAACUGGAAUCUUAUAUGAGAAAAUUCCUUUGGAAGGGUGAUACCUCAAAUGCUAGAGUCUUCUGUAAAAUAUCAUGGAAAAUUAUUUGCAAAGACUUUGAUAAGGGUGGCUUGGGUGUGUGUAAUUUGAAGAUUCGAAACCAAAGCUUACUUUUCAAGUGGUUAUGGAAGUUGCGUACGGCAAAGCGAGAUUCUUUAUGGUUUGGAGUGGUCUCUUCUUGCUCUUUAUUAUCAAAUUGGAACACUCUUAUUUAUGGUAAUGGUGAUUCUAUUUCUCUUUGGCAUGAUAAUUGGACUGGAAACGGUACGGCAGCAGACUUUUAUCCUCGUCUUUAUCAACUUUCGAACUGCAAACAAUCUACAAUUAGAUCGAAUGGGAAUGUUGGAGUGUUCGAUCAAGAUCAGUUGGUGUGGAAGCGUAGCAGUGGCGGAUUCUCAGCUGCAAGUAUGGCCAAACUGAUUAAUUCAGCAAAUACGGUGAAUGAGAUUUCGGUUUUGACUUCAGCAGCAACAAGGGGACGUUCAGCAGGUCCAGGAAAUACAGCAGUUGUUUUUAGGGUCAAUUGGGAUAGUGAAGCUCCUCCAAGAGUCAAGUUUUUCAUGUGGACGACACUGCAUUAUAGUACUCCAACUCUUUCCUUUCUUGCUUCGCGAACAAUUGUCUCUGAUACAAAUUGUUGGUGUGGUGUUUAUGGUGAUUUGGAGACACAAAAUCAUAUUUUCUUGAAUUGCAUUUUUGCAAGAAAAAUAUGGUAUGAGCUUUUCAAGAAAUUGAGUGUUUCUUGGGUAAUGCCUUCAUCUUUUGUCGAUUUCUUCGUUCAGUGGAAUGCUAUUAUUUCUAAGAGAGGACUUAUGAAGCUUUGA